AUGGGCAAGGGCAAGGGCAAGGGGAAGGACAGGAGCAGGGCAGAGGGUAAGGGGAAGGACAGGAGCAGGGCGGGCGGCAAGGGGAAGGGCCGUCGAAGGGGUACCGCCGGUGGUGAUGCCUCGGACAGCAGUGAUGAUGCAAAGUCCAAGGGCAAGGGCAGGGGCAAGGCCAAGAGCAAGGCCAAGGCCAAGGCCAAGGCCAAGACCCGCCAUGAUGGCUCGGACAGCAGCAGUGAUGCCUCGAACAGCGGCAAUGCGGCCAAGUCCAAGGGCAAGGGCAGGGCAAAGGCCAAAUCUAAGGCCAAGGCCAAGGGCAAGGGAAGGGGCAAGGCCAAGGGCAAGGGAAGGGGAAAGGCCAAGAGCAAGACCAAGACCAAGGCCAAGACCCGCCAUGAUGGCUCGGACAGCAGCAGUAAUGCCUCGAACAGUGGCAAUGCGGCCAAGUCCAAGGGCAAGGGCAGGGGCAAGGCCAAGAGCAAAUCAAGGCCUCAGGCGGCUCCUGCAGUGUACGACGACUACGAGUACAGAGGCUACGAGUACGGCGACGAGUACGGCGACGAGUUCGGCGGGUACUAUGAGUCAGACGAUCCGCUGGAGGACGUAGUGCGGAUGGUGUCCAUGCUGGCGUCGCGGAUGCGCGCCGGACUGAUGUGCUAG